AUGAAUUUUGGGGAUCCACACUAUGAUCCACUUUUCCCUUUAGGUUUUGGAAUUGAAACUGAGUCAAUCAAGGAGCUUGUAACAAGGUCGACAUCAGAUGGUGUUGUUGGAAGCCAUGCAUGCUUGUCUUGUGCUUGCUCUAAUUCUCAGCUUAUAGUUUAA